AUGGGCGAAUUCGACUGCUACUGCGCUCUAUGCAGCGGCCCCCUCUACGCCUACGUGGUCCAAAUCGGCUCUUCAUCCCGCACCCGCUUAGAUCGUCGCCGUAGACGGGUGUUGAAGAAACUUGCCGCUAUAGAAGCAGGACAGAGUUUUCAUUCAUUUGAUAGUGAUUCCGAUUCGGAACAUGAGUCGGACAAAGCCUCGUUUACGGCUAAUGAAGACGAUAAUGGUGAGGAGGAGGAGGAUGAUGUUUACGAGGAUGAUGAACGGCGCAGCUAUGAUCCGGAAAUUGCUACUGAGGAGCGGGUUGGGUGGGUUGAGGAUAUUAGGGUUUUGGGGGUUAAUGGGGAUAGGCCUUUUAUAUCAGGACCGGCGAGGUAUGAUGAUGCUGGUUUGAUUUAUGUUCAAAAAGGCGAUGAUCCAAAUCAGCCACCGAUAGACGAGAAACCAUUCUUUGACUGUUACGUUUCAUCCAACGAUAACGAAGUGGUAUUCCCCUUCCACGCUCAUUGUAUGACCGUUCUUGAGGAAGCAUUCCGAUGGUAUUCUAAUCGUUCUGAGAGUAACAAGCAGAGGUACGUACAGUCCUAA